AUGGCACCACAUGAGAGGAAACACCACACCCCACGAGAGGAAACACCACACGCCCCACGAGAGGAAACACCACACCCCCACGAGAGGAAACACCCCACCCCCACGAGAGGAAACACUACACCCCACGAGAGGAAACACCACACCCCCACAAGAGGAAACACCCCACCCCCACGAGAGGAAACACCACACCCCACGAGAGGAAACACCACACCCCCACGAGAGGAAACACCAUACCCCCACGAGAGGAAACACCACACCCCACGAGAGGAAACACCACACCCCACGAGAGGAAACACCACACCCCCACGAGAGGAAACACCACACCCCACGAGAGGAAACACCACACCCCCACGAGAGGAAACACCACACCCCACGAGAGGAAACACCACACCCCACGACAAAAAAGAACAGGACGCUCCUCCACCUAACGCGGCGAAAUAUUUAUCUUGGAAAUAUAACAGUACUUAA